GCUGGAGACGAUAGGAUUUUAGGAGGGUUAGAUGAAUUAUGGCAUAUAAAGCACUUGUCCAAGUGCUUUCCAUUUAGCAAGUACUCCAUAAAUGAGAGCUGUCAGUAUCAUGAUUUGUGAAAAGCAACUAAAAUUACAACCAAGAACCGAAAACCAGCUCCCCAGUCAUGUCCAUUCACUCCCUUUGCCCAGAGUUUCAAGUUCAGGUGCAAGCGUGCUGUGGUUCAGCCUGUACAGCACAACUUUUACAUUCAUUGGAGAAAUUAGUACGUAACUUUAGCUAACAUAAAGCUUCCUUCCAUUUGCAGAAGGUUUGUGCAGUGGUUAAAAGACAGCACUUUUGCACACUCCUUAUCUCAUUUAGUUCUUAUAACAACCAGGUGAGGUAGACAGAUGGGGAUCUGCAUGCUUCUAGUCCAGCUGAAGUUCAAAGUCUUAGAGUCACUUUAAAGGCAGAGCUAAAAACAUGGCCAGGUUCUUCUUAACUCUUCGUGUAAAAACAAAAACCCAUUCCCACCUAUUGGUUCCCUAAAUUCAUCCUUCUGGUAGUCUCAACCAUUAAUUCCUUCAGUUCAGAGAUGGUUAUAAAAUUACUAAAACCAGGAACAAGAGAACUGGGAAACGUCUCUGAUGCCAAAAAAAAAAAAAAAAAAAAAACACAGGAUGUUCAUAACAAAGUAUAAUCUUUCAUUAAGGAGCCAAAGCUGCUCAAAAGUAAAUGGUAGAAUUCUGCUUCGAUGCACCUGGAGAAGUCCCACUUGGGCAUGAUGAUUUUAUGGCUGUUGGCCUCUCGCAGGUUGGUUUGGCCACUGUUCCCCUGCGAGCUAACUGCAGGAAUGAAAGCAAAGGAUAAAACGUUUCACUUGUGUAUCUGACCAGUAUCCAUUUCCUGGAGCUGUGUGAUUUAUCUAAGUUUUUUUUCUGAGAGCUAUCAGCCCCUCCCCACCACCCCCAAGAACUAAUAAAGCAGUCCUUCUGAACCAAUGCCUUUUGGGGACACCUACAGCAAGGCUCACCCUUCUCGGCUUCCUGGAAGAUUAUAUCAGCCCAAGUGCCCUCACAGGCGCAGGGAAGUAACACUGAUGAUUGAAUCAUGAGAACCAGCUAUAAAACCCCUCACUCGGAACCAUCAGAAGGAUCUGGGAUUCUAGGAAAGCGCUGCCAGGAGGCAACGGCGUCCACCUUUCAGACCCAGCCCCGCCAUCUUCAGCAGGGCUGUAUUUGGAGUCUGAACCGGUUUCUUCCACAUCCAAUUCCUUUCAACCCCGAGAAUUUUCCAGUUGUGUUUCCUGUGAAGAAAAUAUGAGCUGUAUCGACCAGGUGUUUGAGUCCUACCUUCAGACAGAGACACACCUGGACCCCUUGCUCAAUCCCACGCAGAGCACAUCACCCUAUUUCCCUGACAGCUUCCAAGCUGCCCCUUUCUGCUUUAACCAGAGCCUGACCCCAGGAUCGUCUUCGGAUUCCUCCACUCUGUCUGGUUCCUUAGACUACAGUUACUCACUGGCUCAGCUACCUGCGUGUGCCCCGGAGAAUUACAAUUCUUCCCCUUCUCUGGACCCCAGAAACUGUGGCUAUUCCUCAGAAGAGUACUCCUACUCACACUUGCCCUCGUACACUCAGUACGACUGCUUCCCCUCUGCCGGCCCCUCGGUCUGCUACUGUGCGUCCUGUGAGGCAGAACACGUGGACACCCUCAGAGCAGCGGAGUGCUUUUCCUACCCCAGCACAGACUAUGUGAACUUGGCCCCCUCCGCAGCUGUGGCCAGCGAGUUCUAUAAAAGGGGAACAAACUGGGACAUCUGCUAUAGUUAAUAGCAAUUACAUUACAUUGGAACAUGGCGUGAGUAUCUCGGUCCUUCGGCCACACCAAAUGACAACUCGAAAUGCAGCCUGUUAACAAAGUAUCACAAAGCCCCGUUCCUGUGUCACAUUUCCAAUGUUCUGAUGCUCGCUUAGGCAUUAGUACCAAGUCGUCAGAUCUGGUCUUUGUGCCACUCCUACUUUGUAUGCUGACAGUUAAAAUUGUUGUAGGGAGUGUUCAGUUUUCCUUUUCUAUGUAACGAACAAAUUCUAAUUUUUUUAACUAAUAAAUUUUGUAUUAUUAAA